GCUGUUUAACAUUACAUGGCCAAACGUAUGCUAAUCCGUAAGUUUGAGAGGUGUUUUUAAACUUUGGACAGAGCCAGGCUAGCUGUUCCCCCUGCUUCGUCUUUCUGCUAAGCUAAGCUAAGCUAAGCUAAGCAUAUCCUGACUCAGUACUUUGUACUGUUCCUUUAAUACUCAUGGCAUCAGGUGUACUGUCCGAAUACUUCUUUUGGGUGUUACUGAAGCAAACAAAGGCUGUAAUUAUAUGAAUUUAAUAUGCAACUGAAUAGCUAAUUGUGAAUAUGUAAAGCUGAAUUGAAACGCAGCUGAAUUGACAACAUUGGAAUAUUUUACUUUGGAAACCUUGUGUCUGCUUGUUUGUGGUUUGAACUCCCCUCUUUGAAAUUCCUAGAAGGUCCACAGAACCAGCUGAAGGUGUAGAGCUCGAAAGAUGAGCUAGACCUGGAUUGGGGACAGAAAAUCGGGACAUCUUCUGCAUCCGUUUGUUGCAUUUUGUUUUAACCUCUCUCUUGCACGUCCACCAGUUUUGUGGGGGGACCGGGAGCCUGCCCUUGAAUUGGAGCGUUAGGGCCUCGUCCAAGCCCAGAUCAACUUUGACCGAAUUUAGUCCAAUUUUCAAACACAUUCCUUGGGCCUCAUCAUGACGUGAACAGAGAAACACAGCAGAAAGCUUUGCUCUUGGUUAGAAAUGUUAAAAGUAAAAAAAACAACAUCACGGUUUUAUGUAUUAGGCGUCUUCUGGGCCAGUGAUCGGAAUGGAAAGAUUUGCCCUCGUUUGCCAUGAUAAACGGGAAGCUGCCAGUGUGGUCUGGCGAGCUGUCAAACACAGGACACGCACUGGCCCUUUAACGAAUGGACCGCUCCAUUCAUAUUCAUAGGGGAGCACUCCCUGGCUAACCAUUGCAUGUACUCAAAUUCCAUAAGAAAUGCAGAGAGCCGAGGGCAAACAGCGAGGUAAAUCCUAACGAAAGGCCGGAUAUCAGAGUGUGAACGCUCACAGUCGCUGUGUGCUGCCGUGAAGGAGCAGUCGGGCCCGGGCUGCGCUCCCGUCCCGCUGCGUCCGUCCGCCUCAGCGCAGCGCCUGAGCUGCUGGCGGAGGCGUCAAGGCGCACAGCGUUAGUAGCAUGACGACCGGAACACAGGGCGGCUUAACCUUCAAAACAAGCUGCGUGCGCGGGAUUAAAGCUGUACCUGGCAAGCGACUGCUACGGUUUAUUUCUAAACAUGCUGGCAGCUUUAUAAUUACAGCCCAUUCCGACUGCACAGAGCGUUCAUUAGAGCUGCACACACUGCACAUUUUGUAGGUUCUUGUCUGCCAACACCUGCUCAGUCGGUUUCAAGUGCUUCACUUAAUUAUAUUUGCUUGAAAUGGACCUCUCCUUUUCCUUUUUUGUUUUCCGUAGGAAAGACCAAUGUCAGGCUCUCUUUCUGUUACGUUAGCCAACUCUUAACAAGUUACUGUAAGCCAUAUUCAAGUCACGUGUAGCCAAGCUCCGAGCGUUAUUGUGAAAGUGGUGACCGGAAGCGGCCGCUCGUUGCCGCGCAGCUGACCGCGGAGCCGCUGGCUGGGAACAGGAUGCUGGCGGGCCGAGCAGACGCACCGACCUAACGGAGAGAAACCGCAGCAGCAUCCUUUGUUUUCUGGAGCUGGACAUCCAGCUGUGACUCCCACUGACAACCUGCAGCACCUGGAGGAGAGGGGGGAGGCGUCCAACAGCCAAUAGAGAAAGCUUGGUGCAUAGAAGGAGCCAAUAAGCUUAAUCAAGACCAUUGUGCUAGCCAAUAGGACAGCUCCAAACUGAUAGUGUGGCGAGCUUAAGGGAGAGCUGAAGCGAGGGUGGAGAGGCGGCGGGGCUUUCCUUUCCCACCAUCCUCUGGUUUUCCUUCGGCCCUGUGGAAGCACUCAUCCACACCACUGCACUGAAACGCACUCAUUCCCCCUUUCCAUUCUGUCACUGCACUCGUUCUCUCACUUUCUAUCCAUCUAACUGUCCAUCUUGUUUGAUGAAUAGGUCAGUGGAACCUAAGCACCACGAACCAGUAGAGACCUUUUAGUAAAGAUCAGUGAAAUCAGUUGUUUAGGUUGUAGAGCUGCUAACCGAGAUCAUCGUACUCAGGCGAUGCAGUAGUCUAUUUGAAUAGUACUUCACCAGCCCCCCAGCACAGAGUCUGGCUCAGUCCCACAGGGUCCCACAGGUGAUGAGGAGGGCCAGGAGAUUAAUCUCUUUCUAGACUUUCUCUACUCUACCUUGUGUCUUCAUGUUUUGGGGGUCCUCCGGUGCCCCCACCCUCUGUCGACCCCCCCGCACCCGCUGCCACCACGGCCGGCCACCCCAGUCGCCUCGUUGUCAUGCCGACAGAGACACUGGCUCCAGCCCUGCCAGAUAGCAAGGCUGCUGGCCCCGCAACACCCUUCAGUUCCACCGUGCCCCUCCGCAUCCUCAAUAAGGGCCCUGACUACUUCAGGAGACAGGUGGAACCUAACCCAAAGCGCCUCAGUGCUGUUGAGAGGCUAGAAGCUGACAAGGCCAAGUAUGUCAAGAGCCAGGAAGUUAUCAACGCCAAGCAGGAGCCAAUCAAACCACCCGUGCUGGCCAAGCCUCCUAUCGGUCACGCCCUCCUGUCCAAGAGAGGCUCUGGGAUUGGUGGAGGAGGAAAUGGAGGCGGGAUACCUUUCAAAGCAUCCAAUAACAACGCCAAGUCAGACACAUGUGCAACAAGCAGCGGCAGCAGCAAACGGGAGAAUUUAAACCUGGAGAUCCUAAAAAAUCUGCUAAACUCAUCGUCCUCUUCAGGAGCAGGAUCUGAAGGUCUAGGAGGUGGAGCUAAGAGUGCUGUGAUGAUGAGGUCGUCAGGGGGAAUGGCCAGGAGUUGGACACCAUCAGGAAUGCCGUUAACCUACCGAUCUACAAUGACGCUUAAUGAGCAACCACCAGACUCAGCUCCCAGUCCAAGCACCUCACACUCCCUCCGAUCCUUCUCCCAUUCCCUGAAGGUCCCUCCAGUCAACAGCGGGGGACGUCGCAGUCCACAACAGGGAGGAAACCUCAACCUUAGCAGACGAGUCCUGGACGAGAGGGGAGGUGACGGAGGAGUUAUCAAUCGAUCUCGCUCCCCACUACCACCAUUGCUCACCUCCCACUCCUCCUCCGACCUCCUUCGCCUGUGCAAUGGCAAGCCACUCCGCAUGGCGCGAUCCAGCAGCUCCUCAGCUCCACCUCUCCCUCCAAAACCCAACCCUGCCUCCCUCCCUCCUCCCGCGCUUUCCUUGUCGCUGCCUCCCCCUCGUCCAACUCCAUCCCCCUCGCCCUGUGACAACACCACCCCGCAGUCGCUACCUUGUGAUUUCGGAGACCCUUCCAAUACUUCAACCGAUCCCAACCUGGAGCUUGAGCUUGGUUCAUCCGUGGCUCGUCGCUCCUCGCUACACAGAUCUAAAUCAGACCUGUCAGACCGGUACGCCCGGGCUGGAGCUGACGUGGAGCGCUUUUUUAACUACUGCGGCAUUGACCCCGAGGAGCUGGAGGCAGUCGGUCCGGAGAACUUUGCACGGGCUAACUCUGAUAUCGUCAGCCUGAACUUCCGAUCAGCCUCUAUGAUCUCCUCCGACUGCGACCGGUCGCGGCAAUCCUCCAACGAUGGACUGUCAGACGCGGACGAGGGCGAGGACGAGGACGAGGAGGCCGGGGAGCGUGUUCCAUAUGGUAUCUCAGCUGUGGAGCGAAAUGCAAGAGUCAUUAAAUGGCUGUACAGCAUCAAACAGGCGAGAGAAACGCAAAAAGUCUCACAUGUUUAGGACAAGCACUACAGUGGAUUGGAUGUACUGUAAACUACAGACAAACUGCCCCAUGUUUCAGAAUUGAUCAUUGGACCAGAAUUUCUCACAGGUUUAGAGACUGUGAUCUUGAGGCUGAACUGAAAAUUUGUCAAAAUGUAUAGAUGGAUGAAUGAAUAGAGGGAAGAGAAAGUUUGAAAAAAUUUAGUUUAGAAAUGAAUGAAGAGACGAGGAAAAGGACUCUAAUCCUCCUCGGUUUAGAACAACAUGAACACAACAGAAAGGAAUAAAACUUGGACAGUUAUAUGAACAACAUGUGCAGUCUGGAGAGACAAACAAACACAGGACAUGUAUGAAAACGAACUAGUUAAUUUCUCUAUGGACACUGUAUAAUUACAAUUACAAAAUACAAUUUACACAAAGUGCAAAAUGCACUAGGAUCAUCCAAGGACCCAUAAAGUGUCCGCCUCGCUACAAAGGGUUAUAGGCCUUUCUCACAGAGAACAUUUUAGCUUGUCAAACACAGAUUUGACUAACAUUACAUUUAGGCGUAGCCUGGUUUCAGACCUCUGCAUCAUCGCCCACAUCUCUUGAUUUGUUCAGCGAUUCAAAUAGAUCUGGUUUCGUGCUCAUGCACAAGUGUUGACUAAUCAAAGCAUUGUAAGUGGGAUUAUGAAUGGGACAUCAUCUUCCUACAUAGCUACCUAGCUACAUCUGUAAAAAAUACCAACAUGUUGUUGUAAGUGGACUUACAGAAAUAAUAACUCUGACUGGGAAUCCACAUUAAAAGUGAGAUGUAGCGUUUUGUCUGUUCAGUCCACAUGGACUGCAACCUACGUUCUGCCGUCUCUGUCCUCAGAAGCAGCUGUCCUGUCAACAGCUCCUGAGGAGCAGAGAGGACACCGGCCAGCCAGGCUGUCUUCACCAGGCAGUCGCACACGUGUGUCUCUGAGUCAGUGUGGAUUGAUACACGUGAUAAAAUCGAAGCGUUCAUGUUCCGUGCGUCGGGCGAGUGACAGACGUCAAAACGCUUCUAAAAACGCUUUCUAUGUGGAUUGACCUUAAAAUCAGCGUAUUUAUUCGAUCGAUGUCAGGGCUGUCACUUUGUCACAAAAUCAAGUUGUCUCACUGAGUGAAAAAGCUAACAGGUGACUUCAGAUUUUGCAAACAGCUUUACUUUUACCCACAUUUUUUACAUCUAUGGUGUCAAAAUUCUUCCUCACAUUACUUCUCAGGUGGUUUGGUGUCAUGAUUAUCCGUUCAGCACUUCACUAGUUUCCUCCAUUUUGUGUUAGCAAAGAGAGCAACAAUAGCCUAGUUUACUGAUAGGUCAGAGCCAGGAAUGCCUUCUGCUGCAGUACAAGGCAGGGCCUGUUGCACUUAUAGACUGAAUUUUUAAUACAUUACAGAUCAAAUAUACAUUUUUUAUCCUGCGAUUGAACGGCACUUUGAAUUUCAAAUAAAAAGUGACAUCCCUAA